AUGACGACCACCACGGUCUUCGAGGCAAUUGCUCAGACCAUCGUGGGCGCUCAGAUCGAGAUUGCGGUGUUCAUCGCCGCUGUCUUGGCCCACGCAUUUCUUUUCAAGAAGCAGCCCACGCAUCCCCAGGUGCGCAAGGGCAAGCAUCUCAAGCAGGUCGAGGCCGCGCCCAAGACAGGCAAGGAUGCUGAUGCGGCCAGCCGCGCUGCGCCGAAGGUGAAGCCCAUGCUGCAGGCAGCGCUCGCCGCGCCGGACUUGAAGGACGCUGUGCGCCACCUUGCGGCUAUCCCAGAAGUUCGCCAAGGCGCGGGCGAUCUGGUAACCUUCGCGAUCACCGGCGCGCUCCAGCAGCUCUCGGUGCGGGCGAUCUCGCAGUGCUCGGUCCCGUUGCUGCUCGAGGAGCUCCACGCCCACAGGGCGUUCAACUCGUGGUCCCUCGAGGUGGUUCUCGUGGAAUGCACGCGCCAGGGCCACAAAGCCGGACUCGAAGCCGCCGUGCAAUUGAGCCGCAGCACCAGCACGCAGAUCACGGCCACGGGGUACGCGGCGCUCGUGCGGGGAGCCGCCGCCAGCGGAGAAGUGCUGACUUGGUUCCAGGAGGCCGGCGCGAAGGGCCUGGAAAUCGACACCGCCACCCGCGUGGUGAUUCUGAAGCGGCUGGGCAGCGAUGGCCGGUUGGAGGAAAUGCUCGGCGUCCUUGAGUCUUGCGCCACGAAGCCGGGUUGCCUGUACAACGCGGUGAUCGACGCAUUCGUGGGGGUCAAGGACAUGAAGACCGCACAGCGUCUGGCGGCGGAGGCCCUUCAGGCUGGGGUCGCCGACGUCAUUACCUCCAACACGAUCAUCAAGGCGCACCUCCACAACGGCAGCGUGUCGGAGGCCCGCACCGCCCUGGCCGAGAUGCGGGCCAUGGGCUUGGAGCCCAACGUUGUGACCUACAACGAGUUUCUGGACGCCGCCGUGGGGAGCACGGGAGGGCUCCCAUGGGCCAUCAUCGACGAGAUGCUCGAGUGCGGACUGAAGCCCAACGCGGUCACCUGCUCCAUCCUGCUGAAGACUGUGACGAAGAGCUGCAGUGCUGCCGAUGUCCAGCGCAUUGCCGGCCUGCUGGAGUCCCUGGAGCAGAGCGAGAUGGACGAGGUGCUGCUCAGCUCGGCCUGCGAGGCGGGCAUCCGCUCCAACCAGGUGGAGUUCUUGAGGCGCCAGCUGCAGUCGCGCCGCUCCUCCCAGCGUGUGACCGUCAAGGGGGCGCCCGCCUUCGGCAGCAUCAUCCGCGCGUACGGGUUCAUCGGGGACAUUGAGGGCGUCUGGGAAACCUGGCGCGAGAUGCGCGCCCGUCGCGUCCUGCCCACGAGCAUCACCCUGGGCUGCAUGGUCGAGGCAGUGGUGAGCAACGCGGGCCCCGAGGUUGGCUACAAGAUGAUCCAGGAGGCUGCCAGCGACGAUGAGACCCGGCCGCUGCUGAACGCCAUCAUCUACUGCUCGGUGAUGAAGGGGUUCUCGCAUCAGAAGAACUUUGAUCGCAUGUGGGAGGUCUACCAGGAGGUGCUGGGCGGAGAGCACAAGUGCUCGAUCGUGACGUACAACACCCUUGUGGACGCUUGCGCCCGCUGCAGCGAGAUGGCCAGGGUACCCGAGCUGCUUCAGCACAUGGACCGCCAGGGUAUCAAGCCGAACGUUGCCACCUACGGUGCCAUCAUCAAGGGCUACGUACAGGAGAACAAGGUGGAUCAGGCGAUGGCGCUGUUGAGAGACAUGAAGAAGAGCACUUCUCUCAGCCCUGACGAGAUCGCCUAUAACACGGUGCUGGACGGCUACGCGCGUAACGGCGCCUUCGACAAGGGCCUGGAGAUCCUGCAGGAGAUGGAAUCUACCGGCGUCACGCCCACCAACUUUACGCUGUCGGUACUGGUGAAGCUCUGCAACCGCGCCCGGCGCCUUGAGAGCGCGUUCGAGCUGUCCCAGGCUGUUUCCCAGAGGCACGGCAUCCGCCUGAACAUCCACGUCUACAACAACUUGAUGUUCGCCUGCGUGGGCCACGCGCAGUUGCCGCGCGCCCUGCAGGUUCUCAGCCGCGCGGUGGCAGAGAAGAACCGUCCCGACGCGCGCACCUACACGAUCCUGUUGCGCGGUUGCGUCUCGGCGAAGCAGCCCGACGACGCCGCCGGGCUCCUCCGGGCAGCCUACGGUCUUCGCGGCGCGCACGAGGCUUUCGCCCCCGCUGCCCACACUGCGAAGCUGCAGGGUGGGCUCCCCUCGGAGCUCAUCGCCGAGGCGCUCGAAGGCAUCGCGCGCAUCUCCUGGGAGAGGCGGGACCUGGCCGUGCAGCUGCUGCGCGAGCUGCAGAGCUCUGCCGCGGUCAGGCUACACUCGAGCGUCAUCCAGCGCCUGACGGGGAACUAG